CUGAGAGUAGUGAUGGGAUGGCAGUGGCCUGUGGGAGGGGUCUGGCCCUGUGCGGUGCAGGCAGACCUAGAACUGCUGAGAGCAGGAGCCCUGCCUGCAGCUGAGGAGCUCAGAGGGACGGCUCCGGUCCCUCCUGCCUGUUCAGGAGCAACGUGGAAACAAUGGGAUCAGCGCCGGAGGGCUGGCCCCGGUUUGCAGCCCGUGUUUUUGUCUUGCACCAAAUGUUUACUCAAAACACACAAGCCCCCUCUGAGAAUGGGGUCAGCUGGCCCCUCUAAUCGCCUCCGCAGGCAGAGACACGGUGUCCCUCUGAGGAGCUUGUCACCUAGAGGUCAGCUGGACAUGGAGGGUGCCCUGACUGCCAGGGACCGGGUGGGAAUUCAGGACUUUGUCCUUCUGGAUGAAACCACGGAGGCCGCCUUCAUCAGCAACCUGAAGAAACGUUUUAGCAAGGAUCUUAUCUAUACUUACAUUGGUACAUUGUUGGUGUCUGUCAAUCCAUACAAGGAGGUGGACAUCUACAAUAAGAAGCAGAUGGAUACCUACAUGGGAAUCAACUUUUUUGAGCUUCCACCUCACAUCUAUGCCUUGGCAGAUAAUGCCUACCACAUGAUGCUGACAGAGUUCAACAACCACUUCAUCCUCAUCUCUGGCGAGAGUGGAGCGGGGAAAACCGAGGCCUCCAAGAAAAUUCUGCAGUAUUACGCUGUCAGCUGUCCAAGCACGAAUUUACUAAACACUGUCCGAGACAAGAUGCUCAUGUCCAACCCCGUCCUGGAGGCUUUUGGGAAUGCCAAAACACUGAAAAAUGACAACUCGAGUCGGUUUGGAAAGUAUAUGGACAUCCAGUUUAACAGCCAGGGGGAUGCUGUUGGGGGCCACAUACUGAACUACCUACUCGAGAAGUCAAGGGUGGUACAUCAAAAUCACGGGGAGAGAAACUUCCACAUCUUCUACCAGUUGGUGGAGGGGGGAACGGACGACUUACUGCGGCAGCUGGGCCUGGAGAGAAACUGUCAGCAUUACAGCUACCUGACACAAGGGGAGUGUGCAACUGUGCCAUCCAUUAAUGACAAAAAUGAUUGGAAAUCUGUCAAGAAUGCACUGCAAACAAUCGACUUUGACGAAACGAUAACAAAGCACUUGUUCGGGAUUGUUGCAAGUGUUCUCCACUUGGGGAACGUUCAGUUUGACAUCGACAACACAGGCCAUGCCCUUCUGGACAAGAACACAGAACUCCGCUGGGUUUCAGAUCUGCUUGGUGUGGAUGCCCAAACACUUGAGGAGGCACUUAUAUUCAGAAAGAUAGAAGCCAGAAAGGACCAGGUCCUCAGUCCAUUCACAGUUGAUCAUGCCAUAUAUGCCAGAGACGCCCUGGCAAAAGCCAUCUAUGGACAGACCUUCACCUGGCUGGUCAACAGGAUCAACGACUCCAUGGAAAACAAGGAUUCGACACAGAUGACAGUUAUAGGGCUUUUGGACAUCUAUGGAUUUGAGGUUUUCUAUGUCAACAGCAAGAGGUUCUGGUGGGAACCAGUUCAGUUCUUCAACAACAAGAUCAUCUGUGACCUGGUUGAGGAGAAACACAGAGGAAUCAUACCACUACUGGAUGAAGAGUGUCUCAGACCAGGAGAUGCUACAGAUCUCACCUUCCUGGAGAGGCUGGAAGAAAAGAUGGGGAAUCACCCCCACUUUGUAACACACAAACUGGCUGACAAACUGACACGUAAAACCCUGGAGAGGGGAGAUUUCCGUCUCCUGCAUUACGCCGGGGAAGUCACAUACUGCGUUGUGGGUUUCUUGGACAAAAAUAAUGACCUGUUGUACAGAAACAUAAAAGAUCUGAUGUGUCAGUCUAAAAACAUUAUAGUCAGAGAGUGCUUCUCCACCAUGGACACAGAAAACAAAAAGAGACCAGAGACAGUGGCAACGCAGUUUAAGAGCAGCCUGCUGAGGCUGACGGAGAUGCUCAUGGCGAAAGAGGCUUGGUAUAUUCGCUGCCUAAAAUCCAAUGAGUCCAAGACACCUGGUCAGUUUGACGAGGCCCUGAUCAGACACCAGGUAAAGUACCUGGGUCUGAUGGAGCAUCUCAGGGUCAGACGAGCUGGUUUUGCUUACCGACGCAAGUACGAGGAUUUCUUAAAGAGAUACAAACCGCUGUGCCCGGCCACCUGGCCACACUGGAGAGGAAUGCCUGCAGACGGAGUGGAAAUACUGGCCCAACAUCUGGGAUACCUGCCAGAUGAAUAUAAAAUGGGACGAACCAAAAUAUUCAUCCGACAUCCCAGGACACUUUAUGCCACAGAGGAUGCUUUUGAGAAAUGCAAACAUGACCUGGCAUCAAGACUCCAGGCAAAAUACAAAGGAUACAGGGUAAAAGGAGAGUACCGAAAACAGAAGGAGGCUGCCACUAAAAUUGAGACGUGUUGGAGAGGAGUGCAGGCUAGGAAGGAGAGAGAGAAGAGAGCCUGGGCUGUGAAAGUCAUCAAGAAGUUCAUCAAAGGCUACAUGACCAGAGGGCAAGCAAAAACCACAGACAACUCUGAGUAUCUCGCCUUUGUGAGACAGAGUUACUUGAACAGGUUAAAAGACAAUCUGCCAAAGACUGUUCUGGAUAAAAGCACCUGGCUAACUCCACCACCCGUGCUGACCGAGACAUCAGAGAUUCUGCGUAAACUCCACUACCGUUUAAUGGUGCGGAAGUACGUGAGAGGAAUCACACCUCAGAAGAAAGCCCAAAUUCAAAUGAAGCUUGUUACCAGCUCCAUCUUCAAAGGCAAAAAGGACAGCUAUCCACCAAGUGUCCCUCUGCCUUUUGCAGACACAAGAAUCAGUGAACAAGAUAUAAACACAAGGGUUCUACAAAUGAUUCGUAAUGAGCAGAUUAAGUACAGCGUUCCAGUGGUUAAAUACGACAGAAACGGCUUCAAACCGAGACCCAGACAGCUCAUCCUCACUAAGGCUGCUGCCUAUGUGGUAGAGGAGGCCAAGAUCAAACAGAGAGUACCAUACACCUCUCUCAAAGGAAUUUCAGUCAGUAACUUGACUGAUGGAAUCGUUGUAUUCCAUGUAACAUGUGACGACCCUAAACAAAAGGGAGACCUGGUGAUGCAAUGCGACCAUCUGAUUGAGUUUUUGACUAAACUCAGCAUCAUUGCUAAUAAACAGAAUGUGAUCAGUGUGGUUCAGGGCAGUAUAAAGAUUGAAAUCCAGGCAGGGAAAGCCACCACAGUGGACUUCAGCACUGGGCCGGAGCCCAUGGUGUACAAAGCUAAGAAUGGACACCUUACGGUGGUGGCCACUCGGGCACGGACACGGUGA